GAAGAUUGUCAAGUGCUGAAGUUCAAAUCGAAUUGCUUAAUUUUACGCGCGCACAACAAUAAUUCAAUAAAAUACUCUUCUAAUCGUAGAUUUUACGAAAAUGACAACUUUAAAUGGUUCGUCAGCUACCUCAAAAGCAUCAAGCAAUGAAAGUCUCUUCAAAAUACUUGUUGCAUCCGACAUUCAUUUAGGAUAUAAAGAAAAACAUCAAAUUUUGUCUGAUGACUCGUUUAUUGCUUUUGAAGAGAUUCUCCAGAUAGCCAAUAGUCGUGAUGUUGAUUUUAUCCUGCUUGGUGGUGAUUUAUUUCACGAUGCAAUGCCAUCACCAAAUUCUCUCAACCGAUGCAUUCUAUUACUUCGCACUUAUGUGAUGGGUGAUAAAAUGAUUGAAUUUGAGUUUCUUAGUGAUCAAAAUCAGAAUUUUGAAGGUUCUUUCAAUCAUAAAGUCAACUAUGAAGAUUUAAAUUUAAAUGUCGCAAUUCCUGUAUUUUCAAUCCAUGGAAAUCAUGACGACAUGAGUGGAACUGGUCGUUUAAGUGCCUUAGAUUUACUCAGUUCCGCUGGUUUUCUUAAUUAUAUCGGUAAAUGGCUUGACUUAUCUCAAGUUACAAUUGCUCCAGUCGUUCUCCAGAAAAACUCAACAAAACUCGCACUUUAUGGCUUAAGUCACAUUCACGAUGCAAGAUUAGUUCGUUUGUUUCGUGAUCGGAAGAUUACCAUUGUAAAGCCUGAAUUUGAUGAAGAUGAAGUGUUCAAUUUGAUGGUUCUGCAUCAAAAUCGUGCCGACAGAGGACGAUUGAAUUACUUACCUGAAGAUAAACUUCCGCAUUUCAUGGACUUGAUUAUUUGGGGUCAUGAACAUGAUUGUCGCAUUCAACCAGAACAAAAUGGAAAAAUGUUUGUGUCUCAACCAGGAUCAUCAGUUGCAACAUCUUUGUGUGAAGGUGAAGCAAUUGAAAAGAAAGUCGGAAUUCUUCACGUUAAUGAAAAAAGUUUCAAUAUGGAGCCAGUUUCAUUGAAGACUGUUCGACCUUUCAUUUUCCGUUCAAUCAACAUCGAAGAGUUUGUCGAAGAAUUGCAUUUGAAUGAAAGAAAUAUUAAAGAAAAUGUUGAGAAAUUUUAUGCUCAACAAAUUGAAGAAAUGAUUGAUGAAUCAAAGAAGAAAAUUACUGGACAUCCAAAGCAACCAACACUUCCGCUUAUUCGCUUACGUAUUGUUUAUCUCGACGAGAAUCAUCUCAUCAAUUGCGCUCGUUUUGGACAAAAGUAUGAGAAGAGAAUUGCAAAUCCUGAGUCAGCUUUGCAUUUUAAGAAGAUUGUCGUGCGUACAAAGCAAAGUGGUUACAACCCCGAUGACAUUAAAAUGCAAUCAGCUUUCGAUAAAAAGAAGCAACAAGAUUGUGUUGAAGAUGUCGUUGAAUCUUAUUUCAAUGAUUCUGAGAAUGCUAAAGAAGCGUUUCAAGAAGCAGUGAUUGAAAAUUCGCGACAAAAGCCAACGUCAGUUCCAAAUGUUCAAUUAAUUGAUGAAGAUGAUGAUAGCAAAUUGAAAACUACAACUUCUUCAACUUCAUCAACAAGAGGUCGAAGUGCACGUGGACGAGGUCGUGGAACGUCUUCAACUGCGUUAAAUGUUAGAACAGUUCGUGGAAAAGCCGAUCAAUCAUUAUCAGCCGCUUUGAAGCAGCGAUCAACUAAAUCUAUUGUUAAUAAAUCAAUUUACAUUGAUGAUUCAGAUUCUGAUUAGAUUUAAUUUUGUAUUUUUAAAAUUAUAUGUAAAAUAUUUUAAAAAAUCACGCUCGCUAAACUUUGUUCAAUGUUGAGCCGCUCAAGCGCUCAAAGACUUACUCAAAGAGAACGAGAAAAGCGAGAGAGUAAACAAGAAAAAUAAAAUUCAAUCUUAACAUAAACUGAAUUUUCAUCUCUUGUCAUUCAACAGUGAAUUGCCGGUGAAUAAAGUCGCUUAAUUCUCAAUUCAUUCG